ACGUGGUAUGUUUCUAUAUAAUUAUUUUGUUUUUUAUCUUCAAAAAAAUGAAAACAAAUGAAACAGUCGUUGACAAAAGAUUCAAGAUAAAAAAAAUGGAAAUUAAAGAUGAAAACAUUAAAAUUGGACCAAUUCCGAUACAUACAGAAUUAAUAAUUAAAAAUGAAAUAUGUGAAGAACAACAAUGGAUUACAGAAGAUGAAGAAUAUUUACCGACAAAAGUAAAAAUUGAAGAUAAAAACAUUAAAAACGAACAAAUACAUACAGAAUUAAUCAUUAAAAAUGAAAUAUUAGAACAAAAAUGGAAUCCAGAAGAUGGAAGCAUGAAAAUUGAAGUGGAGAAUUUUGAAAUUGAAGAACAAUUACCCACAAAAAUAAAAAUUGAAAAUAUUAAAAUCGAGCAGCUACAUACGGAACUGAUAAUUAAAGCUGAAUUAUUAAAAGAACAAUGGUCGAAUUCGGAAGAUGAAAGCAUUGAAAGUGAAGAACAAGAACCUGUAAAAUUAGAAAUUGAAAAUUUGGAAAAUGAAGAACAGUUACUCACAAAAAGGAAAAUAGAAGACGAACAGAUACAUACAGAAUUUAUAAUUAAAAGCGAAAUAUUCGAAGAAAAUUCAUUUGAUUCUACGUGGGAUAGUGUAGAUGAACCAGACCAAAUUAAUUUACCGUAUUCUUGUGAUAUAUGUAAUAAAAAGUUUUCGAUACCGUACAGAUUAGAAAGACAUCAAAGAAGUCACACUGGAAUAAAACCUUACGCAUGUGAUAUUUGUGAAAACAAAUAUGCUGAAGAAUACAGUUUAACAAGACAUAAAAAACUCCACAAUGGAAUAAAACCUUAUGCAUGUGACAUUUGUAAUAAAACAUUUCCCGAGCAACACUAUUUGGUUUCGCAUAAAUUAACACAUGAGAAACAAAAAUGGUUUUCAUGUGAAAUUUGUGGUAAAAAAUUUACACGAAAUAGCAAUUUACUUGCACAUAAACGAGGUCAUACUGGAGAAAAAUUGAAUUAUCCGUGUAGCCUUUGUAGUAAAAACUUUACUAAACAAAGCGAUUUAGUUAGACACGAACGAUCUCAUACUGGUGAACGGCCGUUUUCAUGUGAUGUUUGUGAGAAAAAAUUUACACGCCGAUACCUACUGAAUCAGCACAAAGAAACUCAUAUUGAAGGAAAACAAUUUUCGUGUAAUACAUGUGAUAAAACAUAUAAUGAUCAAAACGGCCUAAAUCAACAUAAGCGACGAAUGCAUUAUGAAGAUGCUAAGAAAAAAACUUGUUUAUGAUAAAAUUUUGGUUGAAGUUCCGAAAAGCAGAGUUUUUCAAUUUGCCUCAGUUUGGUAUUAUAUGUAUUCUAUUAUGCAUCAGAUUAAAAUAUCAGAAAGGAUUUAUGGCAACGCAAACCGAAAAUAUUAGUUACACAGAAUUUCAACUCUUUGUAACUGUUUACUCCAUUCCAGUUUCAUUUACCAAAAAUCCUUUCGGGUUUGCUUCUCCCGUCUCAUAACAGAGUACCUAGCAGCCAUUUGAGACGAAUCGAAGGACUUCGGUUUUCGGAAUUCCAGUCAUUUAAAACAAAAACAAAAAUUAUAAUUUAAUAAUAAAA